AAUGCAAGGCGCAUCUUCUAUAUUUUAGUGCAAGAAGCAACAUUGACCUUCAAAAAUGGAUGGUUGCACUCGAGUCUAAUGGAAACGAAUGCAUGGGAAAGUUGCUCAUAUUAUUGUGCAUAUAUACGGUAUAAUGCUACAAUGGAUUGAUAAAUUUUUCCCAAGGAAGUCAUCGCCAUGGAAAUCAAAACCUUGGGUUUCUCUCUUGUCCUCCUCCUCUUCGCCCUCCUCACCUCCCCUUCUUUCUCUCACCUAUCAUUCGGAGCUGGAGCUGGAGCUGGAGCUGGAGCCGGAGUUGGAUUUGGUUUUGGUGCUGGUGUUGGUGUUGGUGCUGGUGCUGGUGCUGGUGCCAAUCAUCAAUUUGGGCAAGUCUCCGAAACAACUGAUGAGAAUAGUGACCCAACCCAGGCUGUUGUAGCCAACGAUCAUCAAGGAUUGGACGCCGAUCAAGAAGGAUCAGACGCCGGGAAAACACCGGCUACACCCGAACCCAAAAACAAACAAGAAGGAGAUGAAGAAUCAGACACCGGGAAAGAGCAAACCCUGGCAUCUGAAUCCAAUGAUCAACAAGAAGCAGAGGCCGGCGAUGAAGGAUCGGACGCUGAGAUAACAACGGCUCUGGAACCGAACGAUCAACAAGAAUCAGGCGUCGGGACAACAUCGACUAAUAUAGUGAAAGUGCCGGCCUACACUUGCGAACCUGUCAAGGUCGGUUCAAUCCCGAAGCUCGCCAGUCCGAGGCUAGAAGGGGCAUACAAAGCCCUACAGGCAUUGAAGAGUGCCAUUUUUUCUGAUCCAAAUGGGUGGACAAAGAAUUGGGAGGGCCCGGAUGUGUGCAACUACAAAGGCGUCUUUUGCGCCAAGGCACUGGACGACGCUAGCGUCCAAGUGGUGGCCGGUGUCGACCUCAACCACGCUGAUAUCGCGGGCCACCUCCCCCCGGAGAUCGAGUACCUGACUGACAUUAGUCUCUUCCAUCUCAACUCCAACAGGUUCUGCGGGAUCAUCCCGCGCGGGAUCAAGAACCUCAAGCUUCUCUACGAGUUAGAUUUCAGCAACAACCGCUUUUGUGGAGCAUUCCCUGAGGUGGUACUAGAGCUGCCGCAACUUAAAUACCUCGACCUCCGAUAUAAUGAGUUCGAAGGGGAGAUACCCGCGGGGCUCUUCGACAAGGCCCUUGAUGCGAUUUUCUUGAACAACAACAGGUUCCACUCAACCAUCCCAGAGAACUUGGGGAAAUCCACCGCCUCAGUGAUUGUGAUGGCCAACAACCGCCUCUAUGGGUGCAUCCCGACCAGCAUAGGCAAGAUGGCGGGAAAAUUGGACGAGUUUGUGGUUUCGCACAACGAGCUGUCGGGGUGCCUGCCAGAGGAGAUCACGAUGUUGAAGACAACCAAGGUAUUUGACAUCUCAUACAACAAGUUUAUGGGCGACCUACCGCAGGGGGUAGAGCAUAUGCAAAGUAUAGAGGUGCUCAGCAUUGGAAACAAUAAGUUGAGGAGCAAGAUAUCAAAAACCGUUUGCACGUUGCCAAAACUCAAGAACCUCACAUGCUCUUACAACUUCUUUGAUGCCCAAGAUCCUGAGUGUGUUUCUGUGGUUGCCGUUGACAGCAAGACAAAUUGCUUACCACGAGAACCCAAUCAGAGGCCGGAGAAAGAGUGUCGCAUAGCAUUAAGCAAAAAGGUCGACUGCAAAGCUGGUUGUGGCUCCUCAACUUUGGGCUAUCCGUCAUUAGCUCCGGCUCAUACACAAACACCCACACCCAUGUCGGUUCCAUCAACCCCAACACAUGAACUCACACCUUCGCCAGAGCCGAAGCCCGAGCUUGACCUAGAACUUGAGCCAGGGUUUGAGCCAAAUGAUGAGCUUGGACCAACAUCUCAAGAGACAUAUAAGCCAUCAACCACAACAUCGCCAAUGCAUGAGCCAACACCUUCUGAGGAGGAGACAUCAUCAACCCCGACACAUAAGUCUGGGACAAAACCUCAUCAACAAAAGGUGGCGCCGAUCAUAAGAGAACGACCACCUACGCCGUCGCUGGUAUCCGCCCCUUCACCCAAACCUACGCAUACGCCAUCGACCACAACCAGCCCACCUUCUAAAUCAGAGAAACUCACACCUCCUCCUAAAAAGGAGACGCCGGUUCGCGCCCCCUCACCCAAAGCAACCCCGACGUCGUCAACCCCAACACAUAAACCCACACCUUCGCCAAAGUCUGAGCCAACACCUCCUAAAUCAGAGAAGAAGUCACCGGCACAGAAAUCCACACCUCCGCCAAAGGCUGAGCCAUCACCUCAGAAGUCGACGACACAGAGACACGCACCUCCUCCUCCUAAAAAGGAGACACCGGUCUCCACCCCCUCUCCAAAGUCUGAGUCAACGUCUCCUAAAUCAGAUACUCCGCCUACCACAGGCUCUCCACCGCCUAAAAAGGAGACGCCGUCUCAAAAGCCACCACCUGCUCCUGAGAAGGCAACGAACUCUGUUCCGCCACCUACUGACGAAGACUCAUCUCGUCCACCCGCAAGCAAAAAACCACCACCAGCUUCCUCACCUCCCCCACAAAAACAAGUUUCAUCACCACCACAUGUCCACUCGUCGCCGCCUCCUGUUAAAUCACCACCAAAAACCGCCUCAUCUCCGCCAUCGGAACCGGUUCAAGCACCACCCCAUGACAAACCUCCUCCUGCCAAAAUCCCUGGUUUAAUUGGUGCUAGCUACCUAUCUCCGCCGCCACCGCUAAUUCCAGGCUAUUAAAAGAGUCAUAUUUUAGGGUAAAUGAUUCAAUUGCAUAUAAUACAUUGCAAUGAAGUAGAAGGGCCAGAAUACU